AUGGACUCGAGUACAACACAAUACUGCAAACAAUUGGAGCAAUGGGUUGGCGGUCCCCAGAGAUUGGCCGACAUCUCCGGUUCCCGAGCUUAUGAACGAUUCACUGGCAGUCAAAUCGCAAAGAUAUUUAACACCCGACCCGAAGUGUACGGCCAAACGGAACGCAUAUGUCUUGUAAGCAAUUUCUGUGCCUCUCUUUUCAUCGGAGAUUACGCGCCCAUCGACUACAGCGACGGCUCCGGUAUGAACUUAUUGGACAUCACAUCACACCAGUGGUCCCAACAGUGUCUGGACUUCUGCGGCCCCGAACUCAGCACCAAAUUAGGAGAAACUCUUAUACCGACCGCUUCAGUAGUGGGACCAAUAUCUCAAUAUUUUGUGGACAGAUAUGGUUUCAGUGCGGACUGUCGUGUGGUCUCCUUCACGGGUGACAAUCCGGCCUCUCUUAUAGGUAUGGGUUUACGCAAAGAUGACAUCGCAGUCAGUCUGGGAACCAGUGAUACUGUAUUCCUGCGACUAAACCAACCGAAGCCCGCCCUCGACGGCCACAUACUUUGCAAUCCUUUGGAUGAGAGCUCUUAUAUGGGUCUGAUUUGCUUCAAGAAUGGGUCGCGAACUCGGGAGCGGGUGAGAGACGAGUGCGCGGAAGGCGAUUGGCCGCUCUUCAACGAACUGCUUGAGUCCACUCCCAGAGGAAACUUCGGAAAUAUUGGCUUUUACUUCGACUUCAAAGAGAUCUAUCCUUUAAUUUCCGGUGAUUUUCGUUACAAUAAGUUUGACGCAGAAGUUCAGAGAUUCUCGAAAGAAGUGGAGGUGAGGGCCUGUAUUGAGGGUCAGUUCCUCAGACUUCGAGUUCACGCCGAAAACCUGGGCUAUAAUAUUGGGCCCAAUACUCGAGUCCUGGCGACGGGUGGCGCCUCAGCCAACGGCACAAUCAUCCAGGCCUUAGCCGAUGUGUUCAACGCACCGGUCAUUGUGCAGACCAGACCCAACUCAGCCGCUUUAGGCGGCGCUUUCCUCGCAAAAUACUCGCUCAUUAAAGAACAAAUAAGUUUUGAAGACAUGAUUGAAGAAAUCGAUUCGACUUCGAUUGCAGCCAACCCUUCAUCGGAUGCCUUCAAUGUUUACACUCCUUUAGCACAAAGAUAUCGCAAAUUAGAAAAGGAAAUCGACAACAAAGCCAACAAUAAUUCAAAUCAUAUUUAACACAAUUUACAUGUAUACCUUAAAUAGACGCAAAAUUUUAUAUUAAUUUUCAUACCGGUUUACAGG